AUGUACUUUUGCAGAGAAAUAUUGAUUUGGCGAAGGGAUGCAGCUGUUAUUGCAUCACUCAUGUUUGCUUCUCAUCCCAUCCAUACAGAAGCUGUGUCCAGUAUAGUUGGCAGAGCCGAUGUUCUGUGCUGCGUUUUGUACUUAUCGUCUCUCAUCGCUUGCUCCAGAAAUUCUCUGGCGUGGCAAGUCGUGAGCUUACUGUGUGCAGGAAUGGCUUUGCUCGCCAAAGAACAAGGUGUCACAGUCCUCGGUGUAUGCCUUACUUAUCAAUUUCUUUUGCUGAUGGAGAAAAAGUCCGUCAACUCAAAGCCAGAGGAUGAGAAUUGUAAAUGUAGACAGAAAAGAUGUAGACCGUUGGAAAAUGUUUCUUCUCUGCAAAUACAUGCGAGAAUUAUUGUUUUACUUUCCGCGAUGCUUGUUCUGAUAUACGUGAGAGGAUGGAUUCUCAAUGGAAAUUUACCUCAAUUCGGAGAGCAGGAUAAUCCAGCCGCAUUUUCCAGAUCGUGGACGACAAGGCUGUUGUCUUUGCUGUACUUGCCUGCUUUCAACUUCUGGCUGAUGUUAUGUCCACUGACUUUAUCCUACGACUGGCAGAUGGGAAGCAUACCUAUGGUGGAAAGCUUGUAUGAUUGGAGAAAUGUCGCAACAGUGUCCUACCUGAUCAGUCUGGCAGCCCUGUUCUUGGCAGCUCUUCUGAAGCCCGGCGUGCAGGGAAUUGAAAGACGAAGAGUUUGCCUGUCACUUUCACUGAUGAUCUUUUCUUUUUUACCUGCUUCUAAUUUACUGGUUACAGUAGGGUUUGUGGUUGCCGAGCGAGUAUUGUACAUUCCAAGCCUUGGCUUCUGUCUGCUCGUCAGCCAUGGUUUGCAAAAAUUAAUGCAACGAGGACCAUUGGUAGCAUGGUUAUGUAGAGCUGGAGCUCUAGUUUUGAUCCUGCUAUUCGUUUUAAAAACAAUGGCAAGAAACAAUGUCUGGUCUUCCAGGGAGUCAUUAUUUACCUCGGGUUUGGAAUCCGUCCCCAACAAUGCCAAAGUCCAUUACAACUAUGCCAAUUACAAAAAAGACACAGGAGACAAGUUUGCAGCAAUUGAGCACUACACAAUCGCCCUCAGACUUUGGCCAACACAUGCAAGUUCUCACAACAACUUAGGCACUUUACUCGAUGAUACAGAAGAAGCUGAAAAGCACUUCAGACAAGCCCUAUCUAUAAAUCCUUGUCAUUCAAAAGCAUACUACAACCUAGCAAGUAUCUACAGUAAAAAGGGUCAACGUGACGUGGCGGAAAAAUUGCUAUUACGCGCUAUUCACCUAGAUCCUGAAUUUGUGUCUGCAAUAUCCGCCCUGGCUUCUCUUUAUGGCGACAGUGGAGAUAAAUCAGACGAAGCAGAAAGACUCCAUUUGUGGGCAGUCACGUUAGAUCCAGACAACGCUGAUGCUUUGAACAAUUACGGAAUUUUCUUAGAAAAGACAGGAAGAGCAUUUGAAGCAAUGACACAGUAUGAGCGUGCCAUGACUGCCCAACCAAAUCAUACUGUCGCUAUUUUGAAUGCUGCUAGAUCUCUAAGAACUUUAGAUCACAGUCGAAGAGCAGAGGAACUGUAUAAAAAAGCUUUAGAAAUUCAGGAAGACCCUCAAAUAAUGGAUAAUUUAGGAAUGUUAUUUUUUGUCUCUGGGAGGUAUCAAGAAGCUCGAAAGAUGUUUCAGCAUCUUCUUCUCAACUAUCCAGAAAGAAAUGAUCCUAAAUUGCACUACGCUCAGCUAUUAAUUCAAGAGAGGAGCUAUGAACAAGCAGAAGCUUUAUUGAUAUCAGUGUCACAUGCAACAAGUAAUCGCGAAGGAUUUUUACACCUGGCCAUCCUCUAUAAUCUAACAAACAGGACUGCAGAGGCUCUAGAUACGAUAUUAAAGGCUCUAAAUAUGUGUUCACCAGUAGAAGUUAGUUGUGCAAAGUAUCAUGAAGAGCAUGGGGACAUUUUAAAAGACAUGGAUGACUUUGAAGCAGCAGAAGAGAGUUACAAGAUUGCGUUGAUGUUGGAUCCCAAACUUGCAAGAUCUCACCUCAAUUUAGCUGUCAUCUACCAUAUAAAGGGAAAUUAUACGUCAGCUAAACUUCACUACCAAGAAGCUUACAAACUGGAUUCGUCGCCUCAGGUACUAUUGGACAAUAUGCGCAAACUGCAACAACGUCUCUUUAGUUUGCCAGAAAGUACGUGUUGGAGGACAGAUUCCACGUGUAGAGUACAAUGA